AUGAAUAAAAAAAAUAAUACUAUGAAACUUGUCUUUUCUGAUCAUCCAGUUCCUUCUUCUAUAACAAAAUCAAUAUUCUUAGCGGGACCAUCGCCACGAGAUAAAAAUGUCAUUGAUUGGCGUCAUGAAGCUGUCUCAUAUCUUAGUUCCGCGUCGAUUAAUUACGAUGGAACUAUUUUCAUACCAGUUCCUGAAGGACGUUUUCACGGCACAGAUCAUGAUUCUUCAACAUGGACUUACGAUAAUCAAAUUUCAUGGGAAUGUGAAUGUCGUCAUGUAGCAGAUCUUAUUGUCUUUUGGAUUCCUCGAUACAUUGACGAAGGAAUGGCAGGAUUUACUACAAAUGUAGAGUUUGGAGAGGAUAUUCACUCUGGAAAAAUUGUAUAUGGUCGUCCUGAAAAUGCUGAAAAGUGUCGUUAUUUAGAUACGCGUAUGAAAGAAUUAAAAUUACCCGUGUUCACUUCAUUGGCAAAUACACUUCAUCAUGCUAUAUCUUUACUCGGCGCUGGUGCAUACAGAAGCAACGGUGAAGUCUACGUACCACUAUUUAUCUGGAAAACACAACAAUUUCAAUCAUGGUAUUCUAAUUUAAAAUUAGUAGGAAAUCGUUUGGAGAAAGCAAAAGUAUUACAUCAUAUGAAAAUUAAUAAUUCUCAACAAGUCUUUUCCUAUAUACUUUGGAGUAAUAUUUGGAUUGAAGCAGAGAAGCGAUAUAAAGAAAACGAAUUUGUGUUCGCUCGUACGGAUAUUAGUACAAUCUUAGCUUAUUACAAAGAUAAUGACGAUGAUAUUAAGAUUGCUCUAAUCAAAGAGUUUCGUAGUCCUGUUAAUAAUUCAAAUGGCUUUGUCUAUGAACUACCUGGUGGUAGUUCAUUUGAACCGAAUGUUGACCCACAAUUAAUUGCCAAACAUGAACUUGAAGAAGAAUGUGGUAUAAAUAUUGACGAUAUGUCACGUUUCAAAUAUGUUGGACAACGACAAUUAGCUGCUACUUUAUCUUCACAUCAAGCACAACUCUAUACUAUUGAGCUUACAAAAGAGGAAUAUGAACAAAUGUUGGAGAACGAAAAAAGUAAUAGAACAUUUGGAGUGAGUGAAGAUAGUGAGAAAACUUAUCUAAAGAUGAUCAGUAUUUCACAAUUACAAGAUAGUUUUCUUGAUUUUUCAAUGCUUGGAAUGAUCUAUUAUGCACUGUACUCGAAUAAAUAA